AUGGUGCUCACCCUGGCGCCGGCGCUGUGGUUUCUUGCGUUCUGUACGACUGUCAGAUCGAACAAUUCCCCGUCUCAUUUUAAUGGCUUUUCAAGCGACCGAUAUGAACGAUUGAGUCGCGCUGAUCCAGAGCAAGUGAUGCCGCUUGUUAUCGGACUCAUCCCAGCCGACUUUGGCAAGCUUGAGCAAGAGCUUUACCGCGUGUCCGACCCAACGCACAUUGCAUACGGCCAAUAUCUUACACGAGAGCACGUAGAUAAGCUUUCGCAGCCAGCUGAUGGUGCUCUUGAUGCUGUGCAUCGGUGGGUAGGAAAAUACACUCUGGAUGGCAACAUCGGGACUUUUUCUGCUACGUCAAAUUUGUAUAAAGUUCCUAUGAAGGUCAAGCACGUUGAGCGUCUACUGCGUACACAUAUCUAUAACUACGAGGCACAGCCUGAUUCUAUUCCCGCGCAGGCACGGCGGAGACUGAUGCGAGCAGCAACAGAUGUGUCAGUACCGGAGCAUCUACAUGAUUUUGUUUCGUUUGUAAAUGUAAAUACACAUCCAUUGAGACUGCGAGCUCGUGGGGCCGCCUUGUCAAUGGCAACAUCUCCAAACGUUGUUGCUGGCGGUACUUUGGCAGUGAUUCGACAGAGAUAUGGUAUCUCAGACAACCUCGUGGUCACGAACGCAAGUAAUUCGCAAAGUGUGCCAUCAUUUUAUGAUGAAGCAUACGAUCCUGCUGACUUGGUCAAAUUUUUCUCCCAGUUCUUGCCGAAUGAGGGCUCACCAAGGAUAAUCGAAAAGGGAACUCGAAUCAAUCGCCCGGAGUUGGCAAGCACUGAAGCAUCGUUAGAUCUGCAGUACAUUACUGGUGUUGCUCGCAAUGCUAAGACGUAUGUGUGGAACAUGAACGGUAGCAAUCCAUUUUCGUCAGAAGAUGAGCCAUUUGUCGAGUAUGUACAGGAUGUGCUUGAAAUGGAAGACCCUCCUCUUGUUGUGUCAAUUAGUUACUCGGAUGAUGAAGAACUUAUUUUUGACGUCUCAGCAGGGUACGCUCGUACGUUAGAUACUUUGCUUAUUAAAAUGGGCCUACGUGGAAUUACUGUUCUCGUUGCGAGUGGAGACGACGGUGUCACUGGAUUACGGCCGGAGCUUCAUAAAGAGCCAGUGGAGGACAUGUGCAAGCAAAGUGGACCACAGUGGCCGUCUUCGAGUCCAUACAUUACCACGGUUGGCGCUACGAUGAUCCUUCCGUACAUUCCAGAAGUUGCACAAAUGUUUUUUCUCACGAAAGAGGAGGUCAUAUGCAGUGCUGAGUUGGGUGGAAUUAUCACUGCUGGUGGCGGAUUUUCGAAUGUUUAUGCACUCCCAGAAUACCAGCGCACUGCUGUUGAAAGAUACUUGAAAUCACGGGAUAUACCUACUGCUCCAGGGUUUUUCAACGCUAGUGGUCGGGCCUAUCCGGAUGUAGCAGCCUUAGGUGCAAACUUUCUCAUUUAUCUAAAGGGUCGUCUCGCGUCAGUGUCGGGAACGUCUGCAUCCACCCCAGUGCUGGGUGCCAUGGUGACCCUAUGGAACGACUUGCGGUUGAAUGCUGGCAAGAGUCCACUUGGAUUUCUAAAUCCACUAUUCUACUACCUUGCCGAGACCCAUCCCGAUGCGUUUAACGAUAUCAUCAUCGGUAAUAACGCCGCGCCGCGUGGGGGUCAUACUCCGUGUAACGAUUCGUUUAGUGCUGCUGCUGGCUGGGAUGCAGUCUCCGGGGUUGGAACACCCAAUUUCUCAGUGAUUUAUAAGUUCAUCGCAAAUCUUGAAGAUCACUUCAAUAUUUCUCAAUCGAAUAAAUUAAAGGACUCUGAUUCUGCCGAUGUGAUAUCUGAUGGAAUAACGGAAAGGCACGACUCGCGUGAAAUGAGUAUUUUUACCAUGAUGCUUUUGGCGGCAUCAGUGCUUGCAAACAUUUCCGUUGGCAUUGUUGUGAUGGUUAAGAUGGUGAAACGGUGGAGAAGCCAGUAUAUUCCCCUUGAAGAUGAUAAUGCUGAUAAGCAAUUUAUUCAUACCGAUCCUGGUUCGACGACAAAUGUCACGAUUCAGUUGGAGUCAGAAAGCGAUAGCAGCAGGGGAGACAAUAUAGAAUUGAGUGAAAUCAAUUUAAAGUAA